GUGCCACUGGGAUCCCCUCGACGCCUGCAAGUUGUGGAUACAACUAGCAGGAGUGUGACGUUGAUAUGGGAUGCACCUGAGGAGGGCAAUGACGUCAUCACAAGCUACACAGUCCAGCACAAGGAGCAUGAAUGUAUGUUACCGGCCUCUCUAUUACUCUCUUAUCGAUAUAUAUGCGCGUGCGUGCAUGCGUGCGUGCAUGCGUUCUCAAAUUCUAGAAAACCUAGACUACAUGCCCCUAAAUGCUACCUAGUUAUUCUCUUUUUGUGUUUGCUUGUGUGUUAGUUCUGUUCUCAGUGAAUUAUUGUAGACAGUCUUAGGUAAAAUUGUCCCCGCUACUUUCUUUCUGUUAUACAAGACAAGAAUAAUAAGUGACUAUAUUAAUUACAAGGCAAACAAAGUUUGUUUUUCUUGUGCCUGUCAAACAGUCAGUUUUGGAAUGCGGGAAUUGACGUUGCAUAUGCGAUUACAUUAACAUUUCUCUUGUUUUUUUUUCCUUUUUUGAUAUAGCCGAAUAUAACGCUUCCUAGAUGAAGAAAAAAAAUGUGUCGUGAUCAAGGGAUUAAACUCGUACUUGGGUUUUCCAUUUCUUUCUCGGAGAAAUAUCGAAAUAAUUUCUUCACGAGAUAGACUUUCAUUUUCUUAUUCACCCCCCUUGCUGCUCAAGUGGAAGCAAUGUACCUGCUGAGUUAUCGCGGUAUUAUAGAAAAUACCAGCACUGCACACUCAGGGUACCCCCACUUAAAAGACGCUUAAGGUUCAGGAGGCAAUUGUCAGAGACUGCAAUUUCAGCCUUGUAAUGACUGGUAAGUAAGCCACGUCCUACCCAUCCAUGUUUACCUCCCUCACUAAAAUGUGGAUGCGCAGCAAAUUGGAACUUCGAUACGGUCAACCUCACCGCACCAGGGAAGGUGCCAAGGGCCGUCGUAAGUGACCUCAAACCAUUCACGACGUACGACUUCAGGGUUUUCGCCGAGAGCGCCCUGGGUAGCAGCAACGCCAGCGACCCUGUCAAGGCGAUCACUUCCGGAGAAGCACCCGGCGGUCGACCAAUGGAUGUUUCUGCACAAGCGUUAGACGCGCAGUCGGCGAAGGUGACGUGGAAGCCUCCGAGCAAGGAUCUACGUUUCGGCACCAUCCUAGGCUACUACAUAGGCUACCGGCCUGUGGCAGCAUCGCCCGGUCCAUUCCUGUACAAUUUAAUCGACGCUGGGGACCAAGAGAGCGAGGAAUGCUUGUUGAUGGCACUGUUGCCGUCCACACGCUACGGCGUCAUCGUUCAGGCGUUCAAUGGCCACGGUGCUGGACCCCUGUCCGAUGAGGUUACCUUUGAGACGCUUAGCAGUGUCCCUCCGACUCCUCCAGAGCUGAAAGUUGUCAGCACGUCGACCACAUCGGUGUCGUUGGAAUGGAAACGGCCUGCCGGCGAUUUCAACCCUGUGGAAGGCUCACACGUGCUCUACAUGAAAGCGGGAAGCUGUAACGAGUGGGCCGAGACGCACGUGCGGGGCAACCGGCGCUCGCUCACGAUUGACAAACUGAAGUGUGGCUCCACCUACCGGUUCGCCAUCCGCGCCUACAACGACGCCGGCACCGGCAACGUCAGCGACGCCAUUAUCGUCAAGACCAAGGGCGCCCCUCCCGUGGCGCCGGACGUGGCAUAUGCAGUGCUGCCAUACUUCGCGUCGGCCAUGAUCAGGACACGCGCGUGGCACAACGGUGGCUGCCCCAUCGAGAGGUUCACGGCCAAGUACCGGCACCAGCAGGGAGUGGUGUGGACAGUGCUGGAAGCAGAGCAGCCGCAGAACAAGCCGUCCCUCGAGAUGCACUGCCUCUCGCCGGCCAAUUCCUACAACGUCGUGGUGACGGCCAGUAACAGCGCGGGAACCACCGAGAGGGAGUACGAGUUCACCACGCUCGCCGAGCCCACAGUGAAACCUUUGGAGGUACACGUGCCACCAUUUGGACUGCCGGGUGGAAUGGUUCGCCUAGACUGCGCACACAACUUUGGAAAGAUAGCGGCGCACACCAGGUGGUACAAAGAUGGUGAAGAGUUCUAUCAAUUUGUGCCGACAGGGAAACCUAGCAUAAAGACAUUCGAAGUGGAAGGAGUCAACGUCAAUACGUCCCAGUCGAAUUCCGGUUCGGUGUACCUUGAGAAACUCAACGCGUCGACAGCCGGCGUCUACAACUGCGAAGUCAGCUUCGAAGAGCCUCUACUACGCAGCACGGCAAGAGGGGAGCUCAUGAUUGCCGAACGGCUACCCGCAACGCCCCGUAUAUUAACCGACAGAGACACCUACCGCAUCGGGGACACCGUGAAGCUGAGCUGCGUUGGGGUUCGGUCCAAUCCGUCCCCGGCGCUUUCUGUGUUCGUGAAUGACCAGCUCGUGAACGACGCCAAGACCAGGCUGGAGGCACAUCCCGACGGGCUACCCACCGUCAGCGUUGAGACUACCUUCGCGCUGGGACAAGAAAAAGCGCAAGGCGGCCACGUUAGAGUGAGAUGUGAAGCUAUAUUCUCGGACGCCUUUUCGGCAACGGUCGAAGAUAACAUUCGCGUCGAGCCUCGGCGGCUGCAUUCGAGAACCUCCUCUCCUGAAGACCCGUGUCUCGAGAAGGCGUGGACAAUUUUCAAAAGAGCGUGGAUGCAUUUUGCUGAAGCUCACAACGACUCAGUCGAUAACGGCAAUCAGACAUUUUCAACUGUUCAAUAAACGCAAGUGGCCGCACAC